AUGAUGCUGCUGCAAGCGCCCGCAAACGCUCUCUCCGCCCUGUCCGUCUCGAUAGCUCAACAGUGUCAACACCUCUUCGCUGCGCUGUCUGUGCUCGCUCGCUCUCGUCCCCUCGCUGCUGUCUGCCGUCCCUCCGCCGUCUCUCUCGUCGCCCCGCCCGCCCCUCCGCCGCUCUGUCCUGAUGCGCAUAGCCGAGACGAGUCUGUCGACACCGCCAACGCCCCUUCUGCGUCAUUCUGGCUCGCCCGAGUCCCCGCCGCCGACCUGCUCCCGCCUUCCCCCGUCCCCAACGCAUCGCGUGUCACGCGCCGGGACGAUGCCAAACGAUACGCCAGCAUCCCGUCCACGAAGCUCCCGUUCGCUGCAAGUCCACCGGCCGUCGCAAGAACCCAGCAGCACCCUAGGGCACUCGUCGUCAGCAAGUCCCACCACCGCGGCCAGACCAUAGACGGCUUACCUGUUCCCAUCAUCGCGACUGCCGACGACGCCCACCAGUCAACGUCCUGCGCAUCCUCAUAG